ACAUUCCUAAGGGGCGCAAGGAGAGAGGGAGCCUUACAGGAUUGUCCAGGGUCCCGGCCUUCGUCUCCCUGGUUGAAGGUUCGGAGCGGCUGUACACAACUCUCCCAAACCCUGACCCAUUGGAUCAUCCUUUCCGGGUUCCCGAAUUUGGGACCAAGCAGGUUAGUGACCCAGAGACCGCAGCUGGCCAGAUCUACUCCGGAAAAGUCCCUAUGGCCUUGGAGUCACAGAGGUAAGACCCAAGAAGGGAAGGACCUGUCUGCAGUUUGGAGUGAUUGUAUCUGAGGGAGAGGGGUGAGGCUUAUGAGCCGAGGGGCAGAACUCCUACAGUACCACAGUAGUGGAUACAACCCACUUUUGGGAUCUCUGGCCGAGGCUUCCCUUGGAGGAAAAGAAGGAUGCAAGUGGGAGUGGAGAAAACCGGUUGACUCUUGGAAAUCCUGAUCCCACCCCUCCCCCCAUUCCUAUCUUGGGCACUAUUCUGUGCCACUUCACAGGGUACCCAAGGUUCUCUGCAAGUAGCUGUGCUCUGGACCAUGAUGUACAUUCGCCUAGGUACUUGAUAUUUGUGUGUUGCCUGGGUAUGUGUGUGUAUACCUACCCUCUGCCACCUGGCUUUUCCUUAAAAAAAAAAAAAAAAAUCAAUUAAAACAGUGGACAGAGUCACUCGUGUUCAGGCGCUGGGUAGGGUGGAGGUGUGUGUAGCCAGAGUACCUUUGCCACUGGAUCGUGAGCAGUUCAUUUUCCAGCCUCUGGUUGCCCUGCUUAUUUCUAUAAAAUCUUUGAGGGAGUGUUUUCCUUUGAGGCAAGGAAAUUGAAAUCCCCCAUUCGCACCCGCCUUUCUCUUUCCUGGCGGGAGAAGCCCAAACAAUCCCCAAGGCGCCGAAACCCUUUCGAUGCCAAGAAGCCCGUCCUGGGAGGACCAGUGGAUGCUUGGUAGCUUUGCCUGGGGUGGUCCCCAACACAGGGCCAAACGCGGCCCCAACUCCUACAGUCCGGGGCCCUGCCCAACUCCGGACCCCACCCCACCCCCGGGAAAUAGGUUCAGUGUGUCGAGAAGAACUUCACAGUGGUCUAAGUAAUCGGCCAGAAGGAGGCACGAGAAAAGUUGUGGAGAAGAGGAUGCGCCCAGGAUGGGUGAAUGCCACGGGGCCUGGGGUGCAGGCUGUCCCGUCUGGAUUGAGACAUUGGUCACCUUGAAACCUUCUCAGGUGACUGUGCCUACCGCUCUGGGGACCUGCGGCCUCUCUGCACCGCUGGGCCACAGUUCAGGGCAAGCCUGGGGGUGAUCGCUGGGGGAUCAGCUCCCCCACCCACCCACCCAGCCAUGCAUCCGCGGAGGCCACGGGGGCGCUGCCCACUCCACGGAGCCCUUAGGUACCGGGCUGGGGAAGCAACUGUCUUCCCGGCGCCAGUCGCCAGGGGGGCGCGGGAGCAACCUCCAGAUGCGCCGCGGCUCUGGGAAGGCGAAGGACAGGGGCUGGGGGAGUGCGGGGCGCCGGGUGGGCGGCCGCAGCCGGGGCCCUGCGUCCCCCCCCCGCCGCCCGCCCCCGAGCCACCACCAGCGCAGAGUGGCCGCCGGCGGCCGUGCGCCUGGGGAGCUGUCCGCUCAGCACCGGCGCCCGCCUCACCGGCCUCCGAGGGCGGCACCGGAGCCCUGCGGACCCAGGCAGCGCGGGCACCCGCCGGUUCCUCCGCCACUGACUCCCGGAUACCCGGGCAGCCGCCCCCCCUGGAGCGGCCGCAGAGGGCUGGGGAACGAACUCACCGAGCUCCGGUCGCGACAGGAGGAGCCCCGGACACCAGCCCUGGUCUUCCCUGAGGCUGCAAAGUUGUGGGCUCGCCCGACUGGCUCUCAGCCUCCUCACGCUUCGCUUCGGGGACUGGGCAGGAGUUUAAGACAAUGAAACAUUGCAAUGACAUCAACGCCUUUACUAGCCUCAGUUUCCCAAGCUGUCACGGCUCCCAUCGCUGCCUUCUCCACUCCCCUGUGUGCGAGCAGACAUAACAAGAGCUCACCGCCAUCUCAACCGGUUGAUUAAAACGAGCAAUCCUUUGAAGUGGAGGCCAUAUGCCGAUCGGUUUAGCCUCUAUUUUUGAAUCAUCAGACACUGUUUUCCCUGUAUUUUAUCAGCAUACAUAAAAAUAAAAAAGGGGCCAGGAAACCUUUUCAUGUUGUUCUAAAAGAAUCGUAUAUAUGAGAGGGAGGUGCUGCACACCAGCUUCUGAGAACCGCCAGGACAGACGCAAGGACAGACGCGAGGAAGCCCGAGAGGUCUUGAGUCACGAGCUGCCUGGCCCUCCUCACAAGCUCUGCCAGCCUCUCACACAGGGGGCCCAAAGGGCUCAGCCUGAGCCAU